AUUCGUGCGAUAUUUGCGUUGGCGCUUGGCUGCGUUUUAUGCAACUGCGCGCGAUUUCUGAGCUUUUAGUCUCGGUUUCGGUUUCGGUUUCGGUUUUAGUGAUCAAUGGUCCAGUGACUCGCACGGGCCGCGCUUCAAGUAAUCAAAAAAAUAAACCAAAUAAAACUCAAAAGCCACAGAAAAUGUUGCAAUUGAGAUUUUUGUUUUUGUUUGCGUGCACCCUGCUGAUGGCUGAUGGAUUUAUUCUGCGUCUCAUCAGCGAGACGCUGCAGAACAAUGUCGCCGGAGAACCCGUAACACACGUCCGCACCGAUUGGAAUUUCGAUCCGGAGGCGGGCAAAAAGGCGCGUUCCAUAUACUACGAGAAAAAUGGAUAUCGCUCUGCGAAAUUUAUAGAGAGCAUUGGCGUGGGUCUGGACGGGCGGCACGAGGAGCGGCGCCAGGCGCAGGAGGAGCGCGACUUGGGACGCCUGAAUGGCGAACACUUUAUCAACUAUCCGGCUGAGAUGGCUUAGCUCAUAAAUUACCAUUUAAUUGUGCAUGAAAGGGGGGGAGGGGGGAGGAGGGGGAGUGGCAUAAAUCUUUGUGGCAUAUCUGGCGCAUUGUCAUCAUUUUAAUUUGCAGCGAUUAAUUGUCAUUAAUGUGCUUCACAAGGAUUUGCAUAAUUUGCCAACGUAACACAUAUGCAACAUGCCGCAUGCCACAUUCUGCUGCAUGCAACAUUCAGCCAUGCCUGGCUUAUUGUUAAUGGCCCUCAAGCGAGCUGGGGCGGG